CUCCGCGGAGGCGGUGCGGAAGCGCGCUCCGCUGCGGAGGGUCGGCGGUACUGGCCGGGCUGCGGCGCGAUGCGGGGCGGCUGUAGCCUCUUCCCGCUCUUGCUCUUGGCGCUGCUGCGCGGGCUGUGCCGUGGCAGGGAGACGGCUCCGGGCGCUGUUACCUGCGGCUCGGUGCUGAAGCUGCUCAACACCCGCCACAGCGUGCGGCUGCACUCGCACGAGGUCAAGUACGGCUCCGGAAGUGGGCAACAGUCAGUGACAGGAGUUGAAGCUUCAGAUGAUGCCAACAGUUACUGGCGGAUUCGUGGGAAGAGUGAUGGCAGUUGCCAACGCGGAACACCAGUGAAAUGUGGGCAAGCUAUACGCCUUACCCAUGUUAACACAGGAAAAAACUUACACACUCAUCACUUCCCAUCACCGCUCUCCAAUAACCAAGAAGUAAGUGCCUUUGGUGAUGAUGGCGAAGGAGAUGACCUCGAUAUAUGGAUUGUUCAAUGCAGUGGGACUUACUGGGAGCGGGAGGAUGCAGUGCGCUUCAAGCACGUAGGAACCGAGGUGUUCCUGUCAAUAACAGGGGAACAGUAUGGCCAUCCCAUUAGAGGCCAACGGGAAGUUCAUGGCAUGCCUACUGCUAAUCAUCACAACUAUUGGAAGGCAAUGGAAGGAGUCUUCAUCAAACCCAGUAUGGACCCUGCAAAACAUGAUGAGCUCUGAAGUGAUGGAGGAUCCAAAACGCUUCAGCUUACUCCAGUGUUCGGAGAUGCUAAUCCUUGGUCCCUUAUAGGUCCUACCUUGCCUAAGUGACUGACUCUCUGUAUUACUGAAGGGCAUUAGUUCAUUCUGAGAAUGCAGCACUUCUGUGGGGAAUGGCAUCUGCUGGGUUCAGCCACUGCAAUUUAUUUGGCGAAAUCCUUUCAAGCUUAAUUGAUGAAACUAGUUCAUACAUCUGUUAGUUUGCGUUGUCAUUUGUUUUGCUUGUUACUUUUUCUCAAAUUUAAAAGAAGAGGAAAAACUGACAUAGUAUGUUUCUGUUGUCCCAAGUAAAAGAAAACAUUGUAUUUUGUAAUCUUUUUCCAGUUAUAAUUAAAUAUUUGGAAACUGA